AUGGCCCCAGGACCGGCUCGCAAGCUUAUCGUCGACGUAUUAGCCACACUACAGGAGCUCCCUGAGACGCUUACUGGUCAAUGGACAACCAUCAGACGCAGUUGCGGGGCAAGAGAUAAAGCUCCCUCCGCCCUUCUCCAAUGUCAUGAUGCUUGCAAGAUCAGCGAAGAUGCUUGGUUCGAGCUUCGAUUGGCUUCGAGUUUUGGAGUACCCGGCCACCGCACUCCAGACGAAGAACCCUCAGAUCAAGCGGUGCUGCAUGUAGUGACAGGGUUCUGCCUACUACCCAGGCAACAAGACGCCGUCGGCGAAGCCAUUGCCGUGGGGAGAACGGUCCAAGUGUCUGUUCCUAGGAUGCUAGGUCCAAGGAUGGACGGUCUGGAUGCUGUGAGCAGGGCGGGGUCAAGUUGGAGUGUUGUCGGUAUUAUGAUGCAAACUCUGAACGAGAUAAGCCAGAAUCGGUUCCCCAGAUGCACCUUCUGCAGGGCCUUCGGCCAGGUCUUGAAGAACAAGUCUGUAGCGUCGAUAGCACCAACCCGGUUCCGCGGGGAAGCGCCUGUUGAGCUGGAACGAGCAGAAAAGUUCCUCCAGAUGGGAGUCCUCGUCGAUGACGCGCUUACCCGAAUAGGAAAACAAGCAGUAACGGCCACCUCGGUGCACUUGCAACCCGUCAUGCACACUCUCGCCUGGAGAGAAAUCGACAACGGCGAUGAUAUGCGACAUAUCGAUAAGGACGAUAUGUUAUUCCAAGCAUGGGCAUCGACCACCGCCCAGGAUCUCAGCUCUUACCUGCUCAACCGUCAACGGAGGAUUGUCCCUUGCUCCGGCUCAUCAGCACGUGCUGAGGUGCCGGAUCCGUCAUGGCAUCGCCGCUCAUGGAACUUGGCCUGGCGUUCACGGCGGAGCCCGGGAGUGCUCCGCCCCGGCGCCAUCCUGCGCCCGUUGAGCUUGCCCCGGCUGAAACAACCCGAAUCCGGCACCUCUUCGACUGACAAAAAUGCGCGGUACGGUCAUAUGUUUUACUGUUGCAGCGGAACAUCGGCUGGACUCUGGAAACUUCAACCACGGAAGACGAAAUACCCCGCGCGACAGCUUGUCAGAACAGCAUUUGCCGAAGCCAGGAUGAUGACUGCGCAGUACCUACGGCACGGUCGCAAUUUUCUUCUCUCUUUCUUCCUUCCUUUCUUUCUUUCUUCUCGCACCUCGGCGGGGCGAGCUGAACUAUGGCUGCUGCUCUGUAAUCAUGGCAGCGCUGCCUAUCGUAUCUUUUUCUCCCAAGUCAAUUUGCCGUCCCCGGCUCCCUGUGCAUCCUUUGCAGUGGCUCUGUUUCCAAAUCUGCACCUUGUCUCAUGCAGCAAGCCGUGGCAGGUCGCUGAUUCGCCUCGGGGUUUGUUGGAGGUCAUGCAGCACUGGGAAAAGUGGUUACGACUUCUUUGUUGCUGCAUCUGCGUUGUUUUUGAUUCAUACGGGAGCCCGGAUGGCGUCGUUCAACCGGGCACGGAAAUAGCUUACCGCAAGAUAUGCAGCCUAAGAGAUACGUGGGAUGCCACGCCGGCCUUCUCUCAGCCAACUAGGAAGGAUGCCUCAUCAAAAAGUUUUGACACGCACAAGCUCUCAGAAUCCAUACCUAUGGGCUGGAAAGUGCGAGCGACUCCCUAUUGGGCGAUGUGGCUUGCAGAACAUGUGGCCGAAUCGGUCGGCAAGGGGAGAAAAGCAGUGCGCUACGGCGACAGCUGGGAACUUGGGAUGGUGGAAGAGUUCCUCAUUCGGCCCCCCUGGCGGAGCUACUGCUGCUGGGCCACACGCGCCUUACCUCUUGGUAUCCUGGCAGAAUUGUGCAUCACGAGACGAACUCGAUGCGACUGGACGACAAAAGGGGGGAGGGGGACGACGAUAUCAGUAGUGCUCGUACGGAGGAGAGAGUACACAGUAGAGAACUGCAAGUGCAAGUAUCUUGGACCAUGGCUGGGGAGUGAAACAACUCUGUGCAAGAAGCUUUUGCCUGGCUGUUCGUUCCUUUCCCCGCCACCCGAAUUUUCUCUCGCCAACUUUCUCUGCCUUCUUUUGGACUUGAGACUUGGAGCGCGACUGCUACCUGACAGGAGGAACCUACUAGGAAUCUCCUUGACUCGGCAGGUUUGGAAAGGCCCCGAAUCCACCGUCCACGCGGAACACGCACAGUUUGCGACGGGGCUGCCCAGUCUUUUUUCGCGCGCAGCCGUCAAGAAACGAACAGGUUGGACCCACGUACCAUCGGACUGA